AAAACCUUGAGGCGAAUUCAAGCGUUUGUGUGUAAUUCAACUAUCAACGGUGUCCUUUUAAGCGAAUUUAGAUUUGUAAAUGAGCAACAGCGGCCUUGUUGCUUGCCGUGCAGCCAUUCUUUUUGCACGGAUUGUUUAGAACGCUAUUUGCAGGUGAGGGGCGAUCCUCGGUGCCCGUUGUGUCGUCGCGAGUUUCAGAUCCGCAUGUUGUCCCAGCAGCCAUGCCGGCACCAGAGCCACCCCAUCAAGAUGGAGAUCUCCGGACCCCUGACUUUGUGCAUCUAUUCGAUAUUGACAUUGAUAUGCUGAACGACACUUUGGUGCUGACACUCACGGAACAGGAAAUUCGUCUAUUUGCAAAUCUCUAUGACGAGGUGCUGCGUGAGGAUCAGCGCCAAAAUGCUGCACCGGAGCCAACCGAAUCGUGGGUUAUGAGGGGCAUGGUUGGAACAUAAUUAUAGGGCUACAUGUUUUUCUCUUUCACUUUAUAUUUUAAUAUUACCUUUGUUUUUGUUUUUGAUUGUGCAAUAUAAAUACUCCAGACCUCUGAAUCACAACACUGAUUUAGGUCUGAUGCUGGU